AUGUACCAGCAGUGGCUUGUACAUCUUGAAGAGGAAAUGGCAGUCAAAAGGCGGCACAUACUGCUUCUUGUCGACAACACCUCGUCACACGACGCGACGGGUCUGUGCUUGAAGCUCGUACGUGUCGAGAAGCUGCCGCCAAAUACGACCGAAAAAAUGCAGCCGAUGGACCAA